AUACAGCCACAGGGGGUGUGGUCAGCGAGAACUCUGGCUUCUGCCACAUGGCCAUGGUCAAAAUGUCAGCUAGAGGGGUUCAGAGGAUCUUUCAUCAAUUCUUCUCUAUUCCAGGCCAUUAUUGGGCCCAAAGACUGUUGUGUACAAGCUCUUUACCUGGCAGUUUCCAUCAAGCUCGAAGAAGCCAAUACGAUGUUGUAAGGUCUAUUCUUAUGACUGAUUCUUCCCGCACUGUGGCGAAGUUGAAAAGUGGAGUGUGUGAUAAUCCGAAAGAAGCCAACACGAACCUUUUGAACUUUCUCAACCAGUCAGACAUUACAAAGCGAAAGGUAAACUCGCGAAUCCCAUUUUUCACAGCUGGUAGCUAUCUCUUGGUUACUAGAGCUGACCCGUUCUCUCCAAGAGGCGAGUCCAAGUUUGUAGGAAUAUGCAUAGCAAGAAGAAAAGUGAACACCCUGGGAUCUACUUUUACCAUGAGGAACGUCAUAGAUGGUAUUGGUGUGGAGAUAAUGUUUGAACUGUAUUCCCCAGCCAUUAAAGAAAUUAAAGUUUUGAAGCUUGAGAAAAGACGUCGGGCCAAGCUGUAUUACCUCAGGGACAAGCCACCAAAAUACAGCACUGUCAAGGAGAACAUGAAGCCUGUUCCAAAUGCAGGCAAAAUUGCAGUGUAUAGGAGAAAGCCAGGAGAACCUGCAUAGCUUGGUAUGUGACAUUACACACUUACAUAGAAUACAUAAUUAUUAGCAAAAUCAUUAUUCUUUGUGUUUACUGCUGAUUUUUGUUGAUGUGACCA